UUAGCAAGAACAAGAAGGUGCCUGCCCAUAUCGUCAAGCCAAAUUACGCAAGGGAGGAGGUGAGACAAUGGUUCUUUGCAUUCUGGUGGGAUGUGAGAGCGCAACCAGUGUCGCAGCUUCAGGCUGCUGGAGGAGUUGAGUAAGUGGACUGCUGACAGUCUGUUCUGUGAACCCUUAUCCGCCUUUAGUUCAUGAGCUCACGCAAUAUCAAGAUUAACAACGAAGAGGAGACAGCAGGAGUGCGCAAAGCUGCCACCCUCGCAAGAGAAGUGCUGAUGCUCGCUCGAGAUGCCAUCAAAGUCGGAGUGACGACUGAUGAAAUUGACAAGAUCGUCUUCCGUGAGGCCAUCAAGCGGGAUUGCUACCCUUCUCCGCUCAACUACCACGGCUACCCGAAGAGCGUCUGCACGAGCGUGAACGAGUGCGUUUGCCAUGGCAUUCCCGAUAAGAGACCGCUGCAGGGCUCCGACAUCAUCAAUAUCGACGUGACAUUGUACCACAAGGGCUAUCACGGCGACCUGAACGGUACUUGGCCCGUAGACCCGGCCCUCCACCCCGCGGAUGCUCCCUCCUCCAAGCUGAUCAGAGUAGCAAGAGAGUGCCUCGACAAGGCCAUUGCUAUCUGUGGGCCGGGAGUUCCCUAUGGAGAGGUUGGCGCUGUGAUACAACCUCAUGCAGAGGCGAAUGGCUUUGGAGUUGUGAAGAAUUACACUGGACAUGGUGUGGGCAAGGUUUUCCACGGAGCUCCGACCAUUUUCCACCACAAGACGAAGAAGAGCAGAGGGAUCAUGGAGAUUGGCCAUAUCUUCACAAUUGAACCUAUGAUCUCGGCUUCCCCUCCACCUGUUGGCUGUGGUGACCUGUCAUGGCCAGACGACUGGACCGUCACUACGACGGAUGGAGCCUACUCGGCGGCUGCGGAAGAGACCUUAGUGAUCACACCCCACGGCGUAGAGAUCUUGAGCGCCGAGGGUGGGCCAAAGGUGCUAGAUACGCGGGAAGAGCGGGCCAGGAGGGGCUUGCUGAGGGAAAGUGAAAAGAGGCAAUGGGAAGAGGAGCAGGCGGGGAAUGCAGGAGCGCAGGAAGGACGAGAGGAUGGCAAGAGGGUAAAAGUUUAACAAGGUUGAAGAUGCUACCGUGCCUUUCCUCACUCGGGGGAGGAAUUUGUACCAGCCUUCCAGUACCUAUACAUCCCGGCAAGACAAGUGACCCCUCCUGCAUUCAAGCUU